CAAGAGAGACAAAACCUGGCAGACAUUCUACUAUGCACGAUGCGCGCAGUUAUCUGGAACAGCACCAUGGGUGACCUUCAUUCCAGGACUACACGGCAGCUGCAGCACGAUCUUACCCAUAACGUGAAGACACUUGCAGCAGCCGUCAAGAUAGCGGACUCCCAGCUGAAAUAGAUGGACACCCGCAUUGUUGCUCUGGAGGCAAGGCCUUCCCAAGCAGCGCCAGGCUGCACGACAGACACGACGAAACAGCUCGGCGAGCGUAUCGACCAUGUCGUCAAUCUAAUCGGCGAACUAGGUGACUUCACCAGUCCGGCCACGAUCAGCAGCACGGUGGCCGCCAUCAAGACGGACAUCACCAAACUGCAGUUGCAACCGGCAGCAGCUGCGAAGGUAUACAAGAUGCCACACUUCAAUAUCAUCAAGUUUGACGACUACGACAAGACCGACGCUUUGACAUGGUGGCAAGCCUUCCUCACCGAAGCGUCCUGCCACAAGGUCCCAGUCGAGGACAUGAUGAAGGCGCUAUACCUCCAAAUCAUUGGAGGUGCGCAGGCGUGGAUGAACCACCUCACGGUUAACAAGGAAACCACUAUCGCCGAGCUACACAAACACGUCACGUGGGAGGAUUUUGUGCAGUUGUGGAACACUCGUUUUAUGGUCCGCAAUGUUGUGAAGGCGGCCAUGAACGAGGUCUACACUUGCUCACAAGGAAGCAUGCCAACUCGAGACUGGAUGAUCAAGUGGCAGAAGAUAGUGACCACACCAGGCUUUGAUAUGAGUUUCCCAAACCAACGAUCCGAGUUCUUCUCGCGAUCAUGCGCAAGACUACGAACGGCACUCGACAACGAGUACGAUUAUGCCUCAUUCCAGGCUAUUCUGGAUCAUGCGAACCUGGUCAUCCAAACGAACGACAAGGCCGCUAACGAGAAGCAGUCCCAGCCGCAAUAUGUGGCUAAGCACGACUACCAACGGCCGGCGCAUAACAAUGCGGUGAUUCCGGAUGAAUCACUAGACCUCCACGCUUCAGCAGCAUCCUCGGGUGAUGGAGGAGUUCUUGCAGCGCUCCCGCCGAAGCGUCCCAAGAGAGUUCGAAAGAAACCGGCGACACAAGCGACGACCUCGACGGGAACUGGGCAGCAACCAUUGACGACAUACAACAUAACCAAGGAAGUAUUUGAUCUUCGUCAACGGACGCUCGACGAGCACCUCGUACACCUCUGUGUGGUGUUGAAACGUUUGCGAGCAGCCAAGUACAAAGCAAACCGUGACAAGUGUGAAUUCGCCAAGCGGGAGCUCGAGUACUUGGGCCAUUAUGUGACGCCGAAAGGCAUUCGUCCCUUAGCGGACAAGAUCCAAACCAUCGUGGGUUGGCCGGAACCCCGUUGCACGACGGACGUACGCUCUUUCAUGGGUUUGGCUGGAUAUUACCAGCGCUUCGUCGAGUCUUACUCCAAAGUGGCAGCUCCUUUGCCGAGACUUCAGUCCCCGAAGGUACCAUUCGAGUUCGACGACGCCGCUCGUGGCGCGUCCAAUACGUUGAAGGCGGCGCUGAAAGACGCACCGGCCCUCCGUAUCUAUGAUCCCACCCUACCCACCCAAGUGACUACGGAUGCUUCCGGGUACGGUAUUGGUGCAGUAUUGGAACAAUGCCACUCGGAUGGUAUCAACACUCUCGACGACGCUAGGAAGAAAGAACUACUCGUGUUCGUCACCGUUCUCAAACGGUGGCGCCACUUUCUUCUCGGUCGUCGACGUUUUAGAUGGAACACGGACAACAAUCCGUUGACCUUCUACAAAAUGCAGGACACGGUCACUAGCACGAUCGGUCGAUGGAUGUAUUACAUCGACCAGUUCGACUUUGAGUCGUGCCACAUUCCCGGUGUCGAGACUGGACCAGAGCCGGAAAACGGAAUGGCGUGGUGGUUCUCAUCUCCUACCUAUUCUAGUGGUACGGAAAUGCCAAUAGAUGUUAGGGAGGGGGUAUCAGUCGUCCUCCCGGAAGAAGGAACGUGGACAGACCUGGAACCAGCCUACGAAACUAUGAUGCAAGACGAAAAGGACGCGUUCCUCUGGAUAGAGACAAUCUUGACCACGGUUAGCCUGACGAGACUGUCGCCGAUCUUGAUGGAUUUAGAAUUCCGAGAAAAGGUGGAAGCCCGAGGGUGGGUCUACUUAUCCCAAGAGAUGGAAAAUGCAAUGGUAAUAGAAUUAGUGCUGGGAACGGCGCCGGAUUCGUUGUUUAGACAAGCGGAACGAGAAGUAGUAUGGGCGGCGUGUCAGCGGGCGGAAAUGGAAAUGGAUAAGAUGGAGGUGCGAGUAGAGCUCGGGGAUAGGGGAAAGGUGAGGUGGCCUCUUAGAACUAUGAGGGGACCGCUAAUCAACAAUGGCAAUGAGACGCGCCCGGAUGUCGCGGCGGCCCACGCACCCCCGGUCGCCCAUGAAAAGUGGAGGCGGAUGGGAGGUAUCGCUCCCAGGCUCCCAGCAAGCUACGUGGUCCGAGGGAUUGAUACUGAAUGGGUAGGUAAAGGGAUGGCGUCGGAAGAAGAGGCUGAGGAACUGCAGAGCAAAGGAAGUCAGGGCACGGGUAGGGGUACGAAACGAAACGAAGCAUCAGUAAAGGAUCGAGAGUCGGCGAAACCAGAGGGAACCAGGGAAGAUGGGAAGGAUCUUUCAACAGGCGAAAGUUCGGGGAAAACCGGGGGUAGCAAAAGAGGACCCCAGGAAAAUAGGGAAGGAAGGGACAAUGGAAGAUCGAGUCCUCGAAACUCAGAAGGGACUACGCCCAAGAAAACGAAGGUCUCAGACGCCCGCCGUAAGCUGGCAGAGAUAGAAAAGCGAACCGCAGAAUAUAAAGCGAGGCUUAUGGAGGAAAUGAUGGCUGGGAAUGAAAGGGACUCCCUGGGAGAAGGGUCGCGAGAGGAACGUAGGGGGUAUCUGGCCGAUGCCAAGAAGAAACUCACUUUUGAUGGGGCGAACAUUACGGAGUUCCUGAUAGACUAUGAGAACCUGGCAGCCUUGUUGAAAUGGAGUGAGGAAGAGAAGAUGGACCAUUUGGGGCAGCAUGUGUCACUGAGUCUGGGUAGAGACAUUAUGGCCAUCGUCGCCACUAGUGGAUCCUGGAAGGAAACCAGGAACGAGAUGAUGAGGAAGUACCUAAAGGCGGAGAAGAUGGCAACAGAAGCCGAGUUGGCGGCAGUCCAAAGGAAGAACUAUGCGACUUACAACGACUUCCUAAGGGCCUUUACUCUAGUCGCGCUACGAAUUCCCGGGGUAACAGACCAGAUAAUGAGUGAGUAUUUCCUUAGGCAGUUCUCCGAAUUCGACAAAGAUAAGAUUCUGUCAGCUUACCAUCAGACUAGCAAGUUUGAGUACACUAGGGAUGUGGACUUCAGCACGGUAACAAACCUCGCAGAAAAGAUAGUGGUGACCGAUACGCUAGCCCUGCUUAAGGAAGGGGAGGUUAUAGACUUAACUGGGAAGACGGGGGAUAAGGUCAAGAAGGGGAUAGAGAGCCCGCACGAACGAUUGCACGGGGUUGACAACAAGAUAGAAAGAGUGGAAAAUGCGCUAUUAGUAAUGCAGGCACAGGUGUCCCAACCCGCCCUACCGCCCCAAGAGGCCCUAGUUCCGACAGCGGUAGCGAAUCGGGGUUAUGGCAGAAGGGAUCCGGCCAAUGAGCAAUGCAAGUAUUGCACAAUGGUCGGACAUUUCGUGCGGACCUGCCCAAGACUCAACCAUGAUAUCAUGAGACAGAGAUGCAGCAGGUCCCUUAAGGGUGAGAUUCUCGGACCCCAGGGAGAGCGCGUAAAUUGGAAUUCACCAGGAGGGAUGCGGCAUGCCGUCAUCCUCCUGAAUAACUUGGAUAUAGCCGCCGUAGAAGCAAAGCCGGUAGCCAAUAUUGUCUGGGACCAACCGAGGGGACACAUUCGCCUAAGCCUACCGGACCGAGAAGGGGGUGAAGUCAUGAGGGCGCCGCCCGGGAUGAAGCUCAGCUUCCAUGCAUUGCCCGUAGGAAAGCUGAAAGUCCAAAUCGGAACCCACCACACGGAUGCAUUAGUGGACGGCGGUGCGGAAAUUACCCUCAUACGACGGGACUUUGCAACAAUUACCGGCUGCACCGUAAACAAGGAAGUGACGGGGAGUAUCCGGGGAGCUGGCGGGGAGAUUCCCUUUGAAGGGUACGUUACGAAAUGCGCAGUCAGGGCGGGGAUCAGGGAAUCAAUCUGGUCCUUCCAGUGGAUGACCGUGAUGGAAGAAAUGGACCAUGACAUAAUUCUCGGAAGAACGUGGUGCGCCAAUGUAAAGAUGAUAGGUAUGCAUCUGCAUGAUGGAACAUACAUGGUGGAUAUAGAGGACCCCGUGACCGGCCGCGGAGAACUCCUCCGACUCCUUGGGACCGGAGGGGAUCCUCCGAAGUGCAAGUUGGCAACUUGGUCGCCGACGUUCGAGGAGAGUGCGCGAAAGGGGGCAUUCGCACGAAUGGAAGGUAUGAGGGAAAGAGUAGAGAUCAUGAUUGAGGAGGCCUUUAGCACGAAGGAGUGGAUCAAGAUGGGUCUACCUCUGAAGAAGAGGAGGCAAGAGGACAAGGCCCUGGAAGAUAUGGUGGCAGAAAGAGAGUCGGAAGUCGAACUUGGGGCCAGCCUGCCCAAACCAAAGGAAGGCCGGAACGAAACGUCGGAGGUGGUGCUUGAAAUCCCAGAUUUGUUACAACUCGUUAAGGCCAUCAAGUACCACAAGAAGUUGAACGCAGUAACAAUCCGGGAUGCGGAAUCGCUUCCACAAGUUGACUUAUUGGCAGAGUCUCACGUCGGACGAAGCAUUUACUCCCUGAUAGACCUGUACUCAGGAUACGACCAAUUGUCGCUCGAUGCGAGAGAUAGACCGUACACCGCCAUGCACACCCCUGUAGGACAGUUGCAGAUGCAAGUGACCCCUAUGGGCUUCACAAAUGCUGUGGCAGAGGUGCAAAGGAGGAUGCUUGCGGUCGCGGGGGACAUGUUCCCGGAAAAAUGCGAACCCUACAUAGAUGACAAUCCCAUAAAAGGUUCGCAGGACAAGGAUGAGACAGAGGUUCAAACGGGCAUACGAAAAUUUGUCUGGGAUCAUUUACAGGAUAUCAAGGAUCUGCUCCAACGAUUCCUGAUAUAUAAUAUCACCGCAAGCGGACCAAAGAGCAUCCUGGCAGUCCCAGAAGUGACUAUAUUGGGGUUUCGUUGUGGGGCCUAUGGAAGGAAACCGGACCCGGCAAAGACGGAUAAGAUCUCCCAAUGGCCGACGCCUUUGCGCACCACGACGGAGGGGGGGACCCUUAUCGUAGAUAACGAGAUGGCAGACACCACUCCUACAAUGGACGAACUGCUGAUUCAGACCCUAGAAAAGGGCGCGCCCGCCAUAGUUGCGGAACUCAGGGAAGGACCAGUCAUCACGUUUAGACGCAAGGAUGAGAAGGAUUCAUGGGGAGCAACGAUGGGCCCAAAGAAAGAGCUGAUGGCAAUGGCCGUUGAAGGGGGUCGAGAUGUUGUGAUGAACCUACUAGAAACUUGGACGCGAAGAGAGCGGCAAUAUCUAGUAUAUCAGGCUCAGGAAGAGCAAGACACGGAUCAGAAGGGACGAGAGUUCCUCCUUAUACAGAUGUAUGAUGGCAUCUUUAGAGAAAUCGGUCUGCUGCUUAUAGGAAAUAAGCAGCCUAUGGAAGUCAGUCUCAAGGCAAGGGAGGAAACCGAGAAGUAUGUUUUGAGGAACGGUCACCUGUUCAAGAAAGAAGAAGGAAUGAUGUCUAGGCGUGUUGUAUGUGGAAGGUCAAGGCAGUUGGACAUAAUCCAGGCGAUGCAUGAUGGGCUAGCCGGAGGGCACCGGUCGUCUAAAGGGACGCUCGCAGAAAUCGCGCCCCUUUACUUCUGGCCAGAUAACCUCAGCAGCUACGUAGAGGCGGUAGCUCUUAAGAAAAAGACGGGAAAGGGAGUGGCCGAUUGGAUAGAAGACUUCUACCUUAGGCACCCCUUUGUGAGCAGGUUCAUAGCGUACAAUGGAAUGGAGUUCGUUAACCAGGAGGUGUUGGGCAGGCUUAAGGCGCUAUGCGUACCUAUCAAGAUCAUCGAAUCAUAUCACCCUGAGGCCAAUGCACCAGGAGAAAGGGGACACCGGACCUUGAAGAACACAAUUGCUAAGUUGGCGGCGGAUGACCUGGGGAACUGGCCUCGAUACCUUAGGCAGGCGGUCUUCUUUGAGAACAUGACGCCGAAAAGGACGACGAGAUGCAUUCCGGCAAAACUCUAAGGGGGAAGAAAGCAAGGGACCAGGGGACCGUCGCCCCUGAGAGAGGGGGAGUCGAUAGUUCUCCCAUUUGACAGUGACACUAGUAGUGAGGAGGAGGGGAGCCUAGGGAAAAGGCAAAGAAUGGAAGAGGAAGAACCCAAAGAGGUCAUAGACCUCAGCAAUGAGGAAGAGGAGGACGAAGUCACGACGCCCACGAGAGAAGUAAGGGGAAGGGAUGAGGACCCAGGCGAGGAGAAGGACAAGUGGAUAAGAGAAUUUGGGUCGUCUUUCAGUGACUGGUUCGAUCAAUGGGUCAGUAUCAUGAGGUAUGAAUGGGCGAUGAAAGGGAAGGAAAAACUAAGCAGAGGAGAGGACAUAGCGCCAACAACAUUUUUCACAGAAGAGGAGCUCCUACAGAUGCAAAGGACAAAGAGAAAGAUGCAUCAGGAGAUCGACAAUCGUGCAAGGGAGGCUCGACCUAGGGCAACUGGGCAAUAAAGGGGUAGUAGACAUAACAGGGAAUAUUUAGAAAAUG